AUGCUUCUGCAGUGGCGUCUCUGUGCGUCGGCUGCGCUCAUGGCUCAGAGGAGGGCUGCAGGUGGCUGCUGCUGCUGCUGCUGCUCCCGAGCUCCCCUGAACGAAGACAACGCUCGUUUCUGCUUGCUGGCCGGCCUCAUCCUUCUCUACUUGCUGUGCGGAGCAGCUAUCUUCUCAGCUUUGGAGCACCCAUUUGAGAUCCGCGCCCGACUUUUGUGGAGGCAGCAGCUGGAGAACUUCACGAGGCGGUACAGGGUCAACCUGGGCGCCCUGCACACCCUGCUGCGGCAGUACGAGCAGGCGAACGGAGCUGGGAUCAGAGUGGACGAGUUGAGGCCACGCUGGGACUUUUCUGGAGCUUUUUACUUUGUGGGGACUGUGGUCUCUACUAUUGGUUUUGGCAUGACCACACCGGCCACCAUCGCCGGAAAGAUAUUCCUCAUCUUCUAUGGCCUCAUUGGUUGCGCUGCCACCAUCCUCUUCUUCAACCUCUUCCUCGAAAGGAUCAUCACCAUGUUGGCAUACAUUAUGCGCUGGUGUCAUGAGCGGCGGUUGAGGUGCGGAGGAGCGGGUGUGGUGUCAAGCAGAGAGGAAUCAUCCGGUGAAGAGGACAGCCUGGAAGGCUGGAAACCGUCAGUCUAUUACGUGAUGCUGAUUCUGGGACUGGCGUCCGUUGUGAUUGCCUGCAGCGCCUCCACCCUGUACAGCACCAUGGAGAACUGGAGCUACGUCGACUCCCUCUAUUUCUGCUUCGUGGCAUUCAGCACCAUCGGCUUUGGGGACCUGGUGAGCAGCCAGAGGGAGCACUAUGAAUCCCAAGGAGCCUACAGGCUCGGAAACUGCCUUUUCAUCCUGAUGGGAGUGUGCUGUAUCUACUCGCUCUUCAAUGUCAUUUCUAUCAUUAUCAAGCAAACUCUCAACUGGAUCCUGGGGAAGCUGGCCUGCUCUGGGCAGCGUAAGCUCUGUUCCUGCCCCUGCCUUCGAGGUAAAAAGCAAAGCCAGAGGGGUCCGGCGGCACGCCUCAGACUCAAGCGAGUGAAACGCAACGCUGUGCAGCCUAUCUCCACCCAGUGCACCAUGGGAAGGCAACGCUACACAGACGGCUCUGUGGAAAGUGUGUGUGACAGCGAGACAGACGCUGGUCCAGGGGCUGAAGUGCAUCUGGGCCGUCGUCUGUCUGGAGAGAUGAUCUCUGUCAAUGAGUUCAUGGUGUCCAAUAAGGUGUCUCUGGCGUUGCUGCAAAAGCAGCUGAGUGAAACUGCUCACCAAGGGCCACGGCAGAGCUACGGGCACCAGAACGGGUUUUCUGGAGGGGUGGGGGCCUUGGGAAUUAUGAACAAUCGCCUGCAGGAAACCAGUGUGGAUAGAUAG